AUGGGCAAAAAGGAGAUACCUGCCCGCGCUGACCUCGUUGACUACAACCACACUGUUGCUGGCCAUGCAGGAACAAUGUGCGAUGCCGACGGCGAGCUGUUCAUCAAGCCCUGCACGCAGGCAGAAAUCGACUUCUACAACUCGGCCAACGAGAACCACCCUGACUUCGCCGAGCUGAUGCCUCUAUUCAUGGGCACCUUGAUGCUCAACGACCCUGCCGAGCUCAGUUCUAUCGAGGACGGCGUCCCGGGCCCCGUCUCGUCGGCUGCUGCCAAGGAGGAGCUCACCCAAGCCGUCACCGGACAGCCUUCCGCCGCUGCAGAGCCACAGCCGGAUAAAGACAAGUGGGUGCAGAACAAGUCGAAGAGAAUCAAGACGGACCAGGCUGUUGUGCUCGAGAACUCUGGAUCAGGCUUCACUUCGCCCAACUUCCUCGACGUCAAGUUGGGCGAGAGGCUUUGGGCUGACGAUGCACCCGCCGAAAAGAAACGGAGAUUCGACGAAAUCACGCGCAAGACAACACACGGUCCUCUGGGCUUCAGGAUCGCCGGCAUGAAGGUAUGGCGUGGCUCAACAAUGAAGUCCGAGCUGGACCACGAGGACUACAAGAUCUACGACAAGGAUUACGGUCGUACCCACGUCAACACCGACAACGUUGUCGAGAACUUUCGCAAGUUUGUCUUCAACAAGGCCGCUGGCAUCGACGACGAUCUGGCCCGCGCCGUCGUCCAGGCCUUCCUCCGUGACCUGCGCACCGUGGAGCAGGUCCUUACUUCCAACGAGAGCAGGAUGUACUCGGCUAGCCUUCUGUUUGUUUUUGAAGGCGACGGCGAGAAGCUGAAGGAUGCCAUCGCGCAGAACAACGAAGCCGUCGACAGGGUCGAGGCCGAGGUUGAUGUGAGCGAGAAGCCCGGUAGAGCUGCCCUGCGAGUGGAUAGUGGUAUCGAGCUGAUCGAUGAAGACCUCGUGACCAUCGACGCUGCCGUCAGCGGAGGCGACGAGGACGACGAUGACGACGGUCCGGUCCUGCCCAAGGUUUACUCGCUGAAGCUCAUUGACUUCGCUCACGCACAGUGGACACCCGGCCAAGGUCCUGACGAGAACGCGCUCAAGGGCGUACGGAGUCUGAUCAAGAUUUUCGAGGAAAUGGCGCAAUAA